AUGACAUUUUACAAAGUCGUAGAAAACGUGACAGCAAUUGAUGAUCUCGUACCUGCUUUAGAAUCAUAUUUACCAAAUUCGAUAAUUUAUAUUUUUCUUUAUUUAUUAGCUUUACCACCGAAUAUUCUAUUGGCUUAUAUGGGUCUUAAAAAAGGCCUUGUUUCUGCUCGAGUUAAAUAUCCAACAUUAGGUAUGACACUGGCAAAUUUAUUUGGUCUUUUCGGCUACCUUAUUCAAAAUUCAAUAUAUAUAAUUGUGUUGCUCAAUAAUAUAAAACUCAGUCUAUUCACAUGUAGCUUUUUACGAACUGUACUUUAUAAUACUACUUAUGUGUCUUAUUUUUUAUUUCCUGUACUGGCAAUUGAUCAGUGGUUACUUAUUUGCCAUAACUGCGAUAUGAGCAUAAAAUCUCUAAUUAUGAUUAUUUCCACUUGUUUUGCUAUACCUCUGGCUGUUGCUUUAUAUGAUUUAUGGUUACAAGAUGUUGUCCUAUAUGAUUUCAUGUUUGAAUAUAUACGAAUGUCACCUUAUACAACAGUGUUUUUCUUCUUCGUACUUGCUCCUUCAUUCUUCAUAUUUUCAUUUAUUUGCAAUCUUCUUGUUCUUUCCUCAAUUCUACGAAGACAAUCGAAAACAACAAGAAAGAGUCAAGGUCGAAGUUUGAAUCCUCGACAGCUUCAACAACAAAAAAGCAUCGUAUAUACUUACAUAUUACAAGCAUUUAUGCCACUUGUAUUGGCGACGCCUUACUAUAUAGCUAAUGUUUUCUUCAUAUUUUCAAUCGACUUAAAUAUGAUUUGGUUUAUUGUCGGUGAAGCAAUAAUUGGUGUCCAUCCGUUAUCAAAUGGACUUAUCACAUUAACGCUUUUACGACCAUAUCGGAGGGCGUUUAAAAAACUUUUUUUACGAAGCCGGAAAAAUGCUAAACAACAAUAUGACUCGCUAACGAUUGGUAAUGUACAGUUCAUGGAAGGCGAUUCACUUCUAUGA